AUGGAGCAAAGGCUCAGCUCCGCCUACCACCCACAGACGGACGGACAGAUGGAACGCACCAACGUGGCACUUGAGCAGUUCUUACGUUGCUAUACGUCCUUCCAGCAGGACAAUAGGGUGUCACUGUUGCCCUUUGAAGAGUAUGCCUAUAACAACAAUGUGCAUAGCGUCACCAAAGACUUGGAACACAUCAAGCCAACGGAUGAUUGCCUGACAGGCAAAGCGCCAGAGAACCGGGAGAAGAACAGAUACCGCGAUAUCCUGCCAUACGACGAGACACGAGUUCCCAUCGGGGAGCUGAAGGGGUACAUCAACGCGAGCUAUAUCCAUGCGCAAGUGGGCAAAGAGGAGCUCUUCUACAUCAGCACCCAGGCCCCUCUGCCAUGCACCAUGAACGACUUCUGGCAAAUGGUUUGGGAAAACCACGCCAACGUGAUCGCCAUGAUUACAAGGGAAAUGGAACGUGGUACAUCCAAAUGCCACCGGUACUGGCCUGAGCCGCCCGACAUCUCUCUGGAUUUGCUGAAGUUUCAUCUGCGGCUGGAUAACUAUCAGAUCCUAGAUUGUUUUGUCAUUCGAAUAAUAGAAAUUACAAACAAAAGGACGCAGGAGAAGCGCCUGGUGCGGCACCUCCAGUUCACCUCCUGGCCUGACCACGGCACUCCCCGGUCGUCAGAGCACCUCAUCAUGUUCAUCCGCUUCAUGCGGAAAUCCCAGAAGACGGGCCCCAUCGUCGCCCACUGCAGCGCUGGGAUCGGCAGGAGCGGGGUGCUGCUCUGCGUCGACAUCGUCCUGACCCACAUCAGAAACGAUAUGCCUUUUGACAUCAAGAAGAUAGUGAGAGAUUUGAGACUUCAGCGCUUUGGCAUGAUUCAAACCAAGGAGCAGUACAUGUUUUGCUACGAACUGGCGCUCCAAGUCCUGAAGACCCUCCACAACAUGAAUACCCAGCUGCUGUAA